GGCCUACUCCUGCACCUAUUUUUCUAUGUGUCUAUGGAAAGGAGAGGGGCACAUAUGCUGGAGUAGCUCAGCAGGUCAGGCAGCAUCUCUGGAUAAAAGGAAUAGGUGACGUUUCGGGUCGAGACCCUUCAUCAGAGAUUGGGGUUUCACCCACUCUACUCCAUCAGUCUGAAGAAAGGUCCCUAACAUCACCCGUCCAUCCUCUCCACAUAUGGCGCCUGGCCAGCCGAGUUCCUCCAGCACUGCGUGUUUUUGCUCAAUAUUGCAGCGUCUGCAGUUCCUCGUAUCUCAACCUUAAACUGCAUCCUCUUGAGCCAACACUGGGCGGCAAAGUGAGAUCUGUGAUCCUGUGGGGAGGAUGGAUGAAGUCCCCUUUGAUUUGAGCCGUCCACAACCCACCAGAGAGGUAGAUCUUCUUAAUUAGAGAUAGCCGAGGGGACCUGUUCUCAGUCGCCAGCGACUCGGAAGCAGCAGGGCUGCGGUGAGGGUAUUAGGAGAAGACACGGUGUCUUUGCACAGUGUGUGUGUGUGUGUUCACUCCGAAGGGGAGGUGGCCAGAAAUCGCUCUCUGAACGUCAUGUGGACUACUCGUGUAUAAAUAGCGGGGCUGCGGUUCUCUAGCAGUCUCUGGGUUAUGCAUGGUAGGGGAACCGAGCACCCACCCACCCCCUGUUUGGUUUGCUGGUCGCUUUCCCCGCUAGUUGGCCGGAGCUGCAUCGGACAUGUCUCUGUCUUUCUGUGGCAACGAUACGGCCGCUGCAUACAACGUCGACGGCGGCAUCUUAAACAACGGCUGCUUCGUGGAUGCUCUCAACCUGGUCCCACACGUCUUCCUGCUGUUCAUCACUUUCCCGAUCUUGUUCAUCGGUUGGGGAAGUCAAAGUUCAAAGGUUCAGAUCCACCAUAACACGUGGCUACAUUUCCCUGGACACAGUUUCCGAUGGAUCCUGACAUUUAUACUUCUCUUUGUCCUUGUCUGCGAGAUCACAGAAGGGAUGGUUUCUAACGGGGAAAUGAACACACACCACCUUCACCUCUUUAUGCCGGCAACCAUGGGAUUCAUCGCUGCCACCACAUCCAUCAUUUACUAUCAUAACAUCGAAACGUCCAACUUCCCAAAGUUAUUAUUAGCUCUGCUUAUCUACUGGGUCCUGGCUUUUAUCACAAAGUCCAUUAAACUGGUGAAGUACUAUGAUCAUGGUGUCAGCAUGUCCCAGCUACGGUUUUGCAUCACCCUUGCAUUGGUCUUCCUUUACGGAUCGCUGAUGGCUGUAGAAAUCAGUGUGAUUAUAUUCAGGAAGUAUGUGUUUUUUAACACCCCGAAAAAAGUGAAACCGCCGGAAGACCUGCAAGAUCUGGGAGUGAGAUUCCUGCAGCCGUUUGUCAACUUACUAUCGAAAGCUACCUACUGGUGGAUGAACGGUCUCAUUGUUGCAGCACACAAGAGGCCAAUCGAUCUCAAGACCAUCGGCAAGCUGCCCAUAGCCACCAGGGCUCUCACCAACUACCUGUUACUGAAGGAAGCUUGCGAAGAACAAAAGAAAAACGAGGGUGUGCCGGGGAGACGCUCUCUGUCCAUCUGGCGAGCCAUAUAUAGAGCGUAUGGCCGUCCCAUCCUCCUCAGCAGCACAUUCCGCUACCUGGCUGACCUCCUGGGCUUCGCUGGCCCUCUCUGCAUCUACAAAAUUGUCGACCAUCUCAAAAAGCCCGGGAACCCCACGGUUAACAGAACGAUGGAAAGUGAACUGGAAGGAGCUGGCCCUGCGGACAAAGUAAAAUUUCUGGGCGUCUAUUUUCUGUCAUCGAAGGGAGUCUUGGAGAACGCAUAUGUUUUGGCAGUGUUACUCUUUCUCGCACUCAUUCUACAGAGAACAUUUUUACAAGCCUCAUACUAUGUGGCCAUUGAAACCGGCAUCAAUCUACGUGGAGCCUUACUGGCUAUGAUCUACAACAAGAUUCUGUGUCUAUCCACCUCCAAUAUGUCAAUGGGAGAGAUGACUUUGGGCCAGAUCAAUAAUCUUGUUGCCAUUGAAACCAACCAGCUGAUGUGGUUCCUGUUUCUUUGCCCUAAUCUCUGGGCCAUGCCAGUCCAGAUUAUCAUGGGCGUGAUCUUGUUGUACUACAUGCUGGGGAUUAGCGCGCUGAUCGGUGCGUCAGUCAUAGCGCUGCUUGCUCCUCUACAAUACUUCAUUGCAACCAAGCUCGCCCACGCACAGAAAAGUACGCUGGACUACUCCACGGAAAGGCUGAAGAAUACCAACGAGAUCUUGAAAGGCAUCAAACUCCUGAAGCUCUAUGCCUGGGAGCACAUCUUUUGCAACAACGUGGAGAAGACAAGAAUGCAAGAAUUGACCAGUCUCAAGAGCUUUGCUCUCUACACAUCCUUAUCCAUGUUCAUGAAUGCCGCAAUACCGAUCGCAGCAGUGUUGGUGACAUUUGUGUCGUACUCAUACUUCAACCCAUCGAACCUGUCCUCUGCCGUAGCCUUUGCCUCGUUGUCCCUUUUCAACAUCUUGGUGACCCCACUAUUUCUGCUCUCCACUGUGGUCCGAUUCACAGUCAAAGCACUGGUCAGCGAACAAAAGUUGAACGUAUUUUUAACAAGUGAUGAGAUUUCCAACGAAGGAUUCCGGGGGGCCGACACCUCACUGAAUGGAGAAACGUGCAAAAAACACUCAGGAGUUCACACCAAGGCCUUCCAUAGAAGACACGCCCUGAAGGGGCAGCUGGAAGGAUAUGAACAGCCAUUGCGGAGAUACAUACGGCCCAGGGAGACUGAAGAUGUGGUGGUCAAGGUCACCAAUGGUUCAUUUUCUUGGGGCAGUAGUGUGGUGAAUCUUUCAAAUGUCAGCAUUAGAAUUCCAACAGGCCGACUGACAAUGAUAGUCGGGCAGGUGGGAUGUGGGAAAUCUUCCCUUCUCCUCGCCACCCUUGGAGAGAUGCUGAAACUUUCUGGCCACGUGUACUGGAGCAAGGAAGCAGAAAACGAGAUGAACCAAGAAACGUCAUGGAGUGCACAUGAAAUUGAGCCCGUGUUGGAAGCGACUGUGAGAACACGAAAUUCUGUGGCUUAUUCAGCUCAGAAGCCUUGGCUACUGAACACAACCGUGGAGGAAAACAUCACGUUCGGGGGUCCUUUUAUAAAACAAAGAUACAAAGCCGUCAUUGAUGCCUGCUCACUUCAGCCCGACAUAGACCUCUUACAAUUUGGAGACCAAACUGAAAUCGGAGAGAGGGGGAUUAACCUGAGCGGAGGUCAGAGACAGAGAAUCUCGGUGGCUCGAGCCUUGUAUCAAGACACCAGUACAGUGUUCCUGGACGAUCCAUUCUCUGCCCUGGAUAUUCACCUUAGCGAUCACCUGAUGCAGGAGGGAAUCCUCAAGUUCCUCCGUGAAGACAAGCGGACCAUAGCGCUGGUGACACACAAGUUGCAGCACCUGACCCACGCUGACUGGAUAAUUGCGAUGAAAGAUGGGACCAUCAUUCGAGAAGGCACUCUGAAGGACUUUCAGAACCAUGACGUGGAGUUGUACGAACAAUGGAAAACCCUAAUGAACCGACAGGAUCAGGAGUUUGAAAAGGAAACUGAAGGGGAAAGCCUGACAAUUCAGGAAAGAAAAACGUUGCGGAGAGCCAUGUAUUCCCGGGAAGCCAAAGCCCAAAUGGACGAUGAAGAUGAAGAAGAGGAUGAAGGAGAUGACGAGGAAGAUAACAUGUCUACAGUGAUGAGGCUACGGACAAAAAUGCCCUGGCGAGCUUUCUGGAGAUAUCUGACCUCAGGGGGCUUCCUACUGCUCUCCUUGCUCAUUGUUUCUAAGUUAUUUAAACAUUCCGUCAUGGUGGCCAUUGACUUCACGCUAGCAAAUUGGACAUCAGAGAACAAUGUCAGCCAAACAUCAUCAAACACCACCGCCAAUGAGACUCUUCAGACCACCCAAGAUUACUACAAGAUGUGGUACAUCAUCUUGUGCAGUAUGGGAAUCAUUCUGUGCCUCAUCACGUCUCUCACAGUGGAGUGGAUGGGUCUAACAGCAGCCAAAAUUCUCCAUCGUAAUCUCUUGAACAAGAUCAUCUUAGCACCAGUGAGAUUCUUUGACUCAACGCCAGUGGGCCAAAUCCUCAAUCGUUUCUCUGCCGACACAAAUAUCAUAGACCAGCAUAUUCCACCAACACUGGAGUCCUUGACCAGAUCCACCUUCCUCUGCGUGUCGGCAAUAGGUGUCCUUUUGUGUGUCACACCGAUCUUCGUUGUGGCUUUACUGCCGUUUUGUGUCGCCUUCUACUUUAUACAGAAGUACUUCCGAGUUGCUUCAAAGGAUCUUCAGGAGCUGGAUGACGGCACCCAGUUGCCUCUGCUGUGCCAUUUUUCAGAGACCGCUGAGGGUCUCACGACUAUCCGAGCAUUCCGACAUGAAUCCAGGUUCAAACAGCAUAUGUUGGAGCUCAUUGACGCCAAUAACAUUGCCUACUUGUUCCUGUCAGCUGCCAACAGAUGGCUGGAGGUUCGAACGGAUUAUCUUGGUGCCUACAUUGUUCUAACUGCAGCUUUGGCCUCUAUAGCGUAUUCUAAGUACGGAAUUUCACCAGCCUAUGUAGGAUUAGGUCUGACCUAUGCUUUAACGCUUUGUAAUUACCUCAACUGGGUUGUGAGGAACCUGGCCGAUUUGGAAGUGCAGAUGGGAGCUGUGAAGAAGGUCAACAGUUUCUUGAAUAUCGAGAGUGAGAAUUACGAAGGGACCAUGGACCCAUCCCAGGUCCCAGAAGACUGGCCACAGCAAGGAGAGAUAAAGAUUCACGAUCUUUGCGUUCGAUAUGACCCAACUCUCAAACCGGUACUUAAACACGUCAAAGCCUACAUCACACCUGGCCAAAAGGUCGGGAUCUGUGGACGUACGGGUAGCGGAAAAUCGUCCCUAUCUCUGGCCUUUUUCAGAAUGGUGGAUAUAUUUGAAGGCAAAAUUGUCAUUGAUGGAAUAGAUAUCAGCAAACUUCCCCUUCAUACACUGCGCUCCAGACUUUCCAUCAUUUUACAAGAUCCUGUCUUGUUUAGUGGAUCUAUUCGCUUUAACCUGGACCCCGAGUGCAAGUGCACUGAUGACGGGCUGUGGGAGGCAUUGGAAAUUGCUCAGCUAAAGAACAUGGUUAAGUCGCUACCGGGCGGACUAAAUGCCAUGGUCACUGAGGGUGGAGAGAACUUCAGUGUUGGCCAGAGACAGCUCUUCAGUUUGGCCAGGGCCUUUGUACGAAAGAGCAGUAUUCUGAUCAUGGAUGAGGCCACAGCUUCCAUUGACAUGGCCACGGAGAGCAUCUUGCAAAAAGUGGUAAUGACAGCCUUUGCCGAUCGAACUGUGGUGACAAUCGCACAUCGCGUGCACACCAUUCUAACGGCCGACCUGGUGAUCGUGAUGAAACGGGGCAAGAUUCUUGAAUACGAUAAACCGGAAAAUCUUCUGGCCCACGAGGGAGGCAUCUUUGCAUCUUUUGUAAAAGCCGACAUGUAGAUGUGUCCGACCUCUCACAUUCCACGUUUUAAAAAAAAAUCUCUGCAACCAGCGUUUAUGCUAUUUAAAAAAAAUGAUAGAAUAUACAGCAGUCUUCCUGAGGUCAAAGUCACAUCCCAGCACUGUUCCAACAAGAUAAAAACUACAGCACUCUUGCCUCAGUCAGCGGCUGUUGGUGAAACUUGACACACUCCACAACCUAUGCAAACAUUAGUUUAAAACAAGUGAUUUGUCACUUCAUAAGGAGACACAAAGUGCUGGAAUAACUCAACAUCUCCAGGCAACAUCUCCGGAGAACAUGGAUAGUUGAUGUUUCGGGUCGAUGCCCUUCAAGGUCCAUGUUCGCCACAGAUGCUGCCUGACCCGCUGAGUUACUCCAGCACUUUGCGUUCUUUUGUGCAUUAACCGGUAUCUGCAGUUCUCCGUUUCUAGAUUUUUUUACUUCAAUGAACUGUAGAAUACACAUCAGUGCUGGAGAAUUCCCAUUGCUUAUGACUGAACAGAUUUACUCUAACUUUACUCAGAAGUAUUGAAAUGCCAUCAUCAGAAAUUAUUUCAGGUGUUUUAUAUUAUAAAUGAUGCGAUUGGAUUGAGGUUAAUUCCAAUACACUUCCUUCCUUGUUGCAGAUCGCCUUGCUUCAGCUUGGGCGGUACUGGUGCAGCGGUAGAGUUGCUGCCUUUCAGCACCAGAGACCCAGGUUCAAUCCUGACCACUGGUGCUGUCUGUACGGAGUUUGUACGUCUUCCUGUGACCUGCGUGGGUAUUCUCCAGGUGCUUUGGUUUCCUCCCCCACUCCAAAGACAUACAGGUUAAUUGGCUUCUGUAAAUUGUCCCUAGUGUGUAGGAUAGUGCUAGUGUAGAGGGUGAUCACUGAUCGGUGUGGACCCAGUGGGCCGAAGGGCCUGUUUCCACGCUGUAUCUUUAAAGUAAACUAUUUAUUUACUCAAUUAAAUGAUAAAUUUGCUGGUGUUUGAAGACGCACCUUGGCCACAGAUGCAUGUUUACACAUUGGAAUAUACAUUCUAAGACUGCGUGGUUAGUAACGACAAACAUGAAGCGCUGGAGCCAGACUUGACACAGGUCAGGUACAUUAAUCAAAGCUACAGACAACAUUGUACUUGGCAAAGAGCGAUGAUCAGAACUGGGUUGGGGAGGAACCUGUUUCUGCUGAUGCAUACAUUCCUUCAUCUUUUUUGGAACUAUUCACAGCCAAACAGGUUCAGUGGCUGCUCCACUUUCAGCUAUCCAAUGCUUACACCUAGUGCCAAGUGAAUGAUUGGUCUAGUGUGAACUCAGGAUAUGUAGCUCUUAGCUCCAAUGUCAUAUUCCAUCCACACUGCUCAACAUUAAUCCCCUGUAGAUUACGUUUAGUUUAGUUAAGUUUAGAGAUACAGAGCGGAAACAGGCCCUUCGGCCCUCCGAGUCUGCACAGGCUAGCAAUCCCCGCACACUAACAGUAUCCCACACACACUAGGGACAAUUUACAUUUAUACCAAGCCAAUUAACCUACCAACCUGUACGCCUUUGGAGUGUGGGAGGAAACCGGAGUCCCAGAAAAACCAACGCAGGUCACGGGGAGAACACCAAACUCUAUAUAGACAGCACCCGUAGUCAGGAUCGAACCCGGGUCUCUGGCGCUGUGAGGCAGCAACUCUAACACUGCGUCACCAUGCCCCCAAGCUUCACAGCCUUCAGUCCCCUGCCUCACUUCACCUCACACACCUCCUUUCUUCACCCUUGACUGUGUCCCAGAUGAGUUCAGUUUCAGAUACAGUAUUUUUCAGCUCCAUACCAAAACCUAUUUUCAACUGUUUUAUUGGAUGGAAGUUUUGGUCUGUCCAGCUCAAUUGAUCCAGUGAAAGAUACAGCAUGGAAACAGGCCCUUUGGCCAUCCAUCACCCGUUCACACUAGUUCCAUGUUAUCCCACUUACGCAUCCACUCCCUACAUACCAGGGACAAUUUACAGAGGGCCAAUUAACCUACAAACCCGCAAGUCUUGGAUGUGGGAGGAAACCGGAGCAGCCGGAGGAAACUCACGUGGUCACAGGAAGAACGUGCAAACUCCACACAGACUAUCUCGGGAUCUCAGGCGCGGUGAUGUAGCAGCUCUACCAACUGCACCAGAGGUUUUUCACCAUCAAACGGUGUGGUCUAUUAACUGAGCAGUAUAGUCAUGGAGCCUAUUCAGAGUGUAAGAAUUAUUCAAACUGGUAUCCAAGCAAUAACAAUGCAUAUCUUGAUAAUUGAUGACCUCCUAUUCCAUGCCAAGUUAAUUAUCAGGGUGUAUUUGGCAAUAAUAUGUAUUAAGCAAUUACUAAGCCUUUUACAUUACAGCCUUGUGGGCCUUUGUUCCAACUCAUCUUCCUAUCAACCUCCCCUCACCUAUGUUCAUCUAUUACCUGCCGUGCUUUGUCCUGCCUCUCUCCCAAUUUUCUCCCCCACCUCCCCCCCCCCCACAUUCACUGACCCAAAAAAGUCACCUAUCCAUGUUCUCCAGAGAUGCUGCCUGGCCUACUGAGUUACUCCAGCACUUUGUGUCCUUUUGUGUAAACCAGCAUCUGCGGUUCCCUGUUUCCACAGGUACCUCUUGAGGAUCUGAUGAGGAGCUUCAAGACCAUUUCUUACUUUUUGGCCUCUUUCUAUUAAUUCCUUCCUAGCACUCCACUGGAAGAUAGUUUUCCACGGCUUAUUAAAACGUGGAGCACACUGUUACAAAUAGUGGUUUAUAGAAAUAUAUAGCCUUGCCAACAAUUAAGAAACACAAUUCUCACUGGUCAAAUGCAGAACAAAACACUCCGAGUACUAACUCCUCAUAUACUGAUCAAUUGUCCUUUUCCUUGUCGUCUUGGUUAAUGUAAAAUGUUGAGAAACUUGUAUUUAAUGUUUGCUCAUUAUCACUUUGAAGACUGAUAAAUAUUUAAAAGGAAAAUCAAAUGAGAAGCAACUGUCUAUGUCCUUCAAAAGGAAUUUUAAAAACAUAGUAAAAAAAAAUAUUGUACAAUAUAGCUGAGAUUACUUUGAAACGAACGUGUUUCACUUGUACACAAUGAAGAUAUGUUGUAAUGUUUUGCUUAAUGAGGGCAAGCCUGCAUGGGGUAUUUAGAAUGAAUGGGUGCACGCAAAAUAACAUGGACUACUUUAAGGAUUUAUACCAGCCACUUUUGCACUACUGUAAAUAUGAAAUUCGAAUUUCUAUAUUCAGAGCUCUCAAAUGUUUGCUUUUACACUUCCAUAUCAAUAAAAAAAAAAGAUUUUUCA